AUGGCUUCCCUGGGAGCCCAAAAGCUGAGCAGCAUCAAAUCGAUGAAGUUGUUCGUCUGCCUGAUUGGUGUGUCUUCGUUUCUGCUCCUUAUCUUCUGCCUCUACGCAACCAUCAGCACGCCGGAAAAAGAGGUAGCUCCUCUGUCCCUGCCCAACGAGGGCUACCAGAACGUCAUUUCCUAUGAGCUACGGCGCAGCCAGACGAUCAUUCCGGAGAAGUACAACGAGCACCAGGUAAAGGAGCGCAUCAUUCGUGAUAAAAUCAAGCGACUCGUCGGUAAUAACAACCCACAUACGGCCACCGUACCUCCGUCGGAACACCGCAACCGGACCUUCCCGCUGAAUCGCAACGUGCAGAUCUUUUACCACGGUACGGUCGCAUGGUACAAAUCGCGUCCAACGCAUCCAUCCAGCGAUCGGAUAAUUGCACGCAUCUUCGAAAACAACUCUGUGUCGUUCAAACCAAAUGACGAUCCCGUGAUCAACACCGCGUUCUACCCGAAAAGGAGAUUGUACAACACGAGCGAAGCGAUUGUACGGGAGCACUUCAACGAGAUUCAAAAUUGUGGUAUCGGCACAGUGAUCCUCGGGUGGCAGCCCACCUUCUCGGAGUACCUGUUGCGUACGAUCUUCAAGGUGGCGGAUCAAUACGAUCUAAAGAUAGCGAUCGAGAUACUCGAGUACACGGACAGAACGAUCGAAAGUAUACGGAGCAAUAUCAAGUACUUCACGGAUGGAUUUGGUAAGGGCCCCGCAGGCACCAGCAGUACACUCAGUUACUACAAUGUCCUGUCGAAAAAGCGCGAACUUCCCCUGUUCUACAUCCGGAAGGCGUACCGAAUAACGGAUCCCGAAUGGAAGCGCUUGCUGAACCGAAAUGGCAUUCUUACUAUUCGUGGUGCAAACUACGAUGCCGUGGUACUGGCGCAUAUCACCUCGAAGGACCACAAGUCCAUGGUGAGACGAGCGGGUUUUGAUGGUUUCUACACGUACCUACCGAGCAACGGUGCCAACUACGCUGCCACGUGGAAGAACUGGAACCAGUUGAAGAAGUUCGCUGACAGCUAUCGUCUACUGUUCGUGCCGACGAUCGGACCCGGGUAUUACGAUCGCCGUAAGUACCAUCGCAAUGUGAACCAGAACCAUGGUAUUACCAACAUCAAGCGCUAUCGAUCGAACGGCCAGUACUUUGACGUCGGAUGGCGCACGUCGUUGAAAAACAACCUUCAAAUUAUCACCAUCAACAGUUACAACAACUGGGUCGAUGGGACGCAAAUUGAAGCGGCCAUUCCUGUGUUUGGCUUCCGGGACUAUCAGCCAGGACCGCCGGAGAAGUACCUCGACCUGACGCAAUCCUGGGUCGAGGAGUACAUUAAAUACAAACUGAACCUUAUCAAGCUGAACAAGAAAACGGAAUUAACGCUAAGCUGUUACGAUUUUAUCAACAGUACCAUUUGUUGAGCUGUUUUUAUUCAUUUGUAGCUAUGGGGAUGUUUUCUCAUAAAAAUCGGUCACCGAUGCAAAGAGAGCACUCUUGAGGCGGGAACGCCAUUUGCUCGUUUAGUUUCGCUCCCUUGGCGGGAAGCUAUAGCAAUUUGAAUACCCUAGCGGAGGAUUGCAGAAAAGACUCCUACAUUUUAAAAGACGAUGUUCUAGAUAUCAGAUGUUAAAACCCAAAACGCGCCCAUACCAAAUUCAAUGCCAAAGUUAGGAAGCUGUCUGCUCCGUAGAGUAGCAUAGACGCGCCAAAUAGAUUGUUAUAUAGUUGAAGCGAUAUUUUGCCGUAACGGCUGAUUCGAAGGAUUGUAGAAAACCCGUGUAAUGGAACUAGCAAGUAGAGUGUACAUAUAUUUUU